UAGGGCCAACCGGAGUUCAGUUUACCGUCAUUCCUCAUGCGCUCUUUCUUCGCGUUGUCUCUGCCUUCAAAAGACAUUUGGACGAAGUGCAGACCACUUCCACUUCAGGGAAAACGGAUAUUUUUCCAGAUAAAUAUUUAUUGUAGCUUAAUUUGAAUGGAAGAAGGCGCUAUCAAGUCAAGUGGUGUCCAACCUACCACUUCAAACAGAACGGCCUCGUCUCGCUCUCAAGUCAAUCGUUUACUACUUCCUUAUAGUUAUAGCAGCUAGAUAUUUUUUUACAAGGAUUUGAACUCCAGCUAGCGGUCGGUCUAAGUUAGCUAGCUAACUGGAAACGCAGUUAUUAACCUUCUUGAAUAGCAGGAAGUGGUUUAUGUUUUAAGCUAUUUUCUAACGCUUUGAAUAGCUGAUGUCCCUAAAGUUAGCUAACUGCUAUCUCGUUUCUGGUGGGUUCCACUGCCUGGAAAUAUUGCUUGGAUUUGCAACCAGCUAAGUUAACGUUGGCUAAUUUGACAGUUAGCCUCAUUACCUCAGUUAAUGUAUUGUUUUCCUAUGCAUUAAUCGAGAUAGUCGACUUCUAAAGUGGCUAGGAGGCUAAAGAAGAAUCCUUAAACAAGGAAGUCAGAAUUAACUAUGCCAGUUGUACCAUUUGUUUUCAAUACCAUGCAGUGAGAGGGUGACUCACUUGAGGCUUUUUUUAAAUUGCACGUAGUAGUUUGAGCUGCAGUGGGCACGAGCAAAUAGCGCAAUUUAUCGUCAAUACCAUUCUUCGCAGUUUUGCCAUCUUUUGUCUCGUAUUUCGAUAGUUAGGAUAGAUCGCAAGCCAGCUGACUGAAGGUCAAAAUGAUUCCAGACAAAGCACCGAAGGAGGACGUAUUUCAUGCAGGAGGAGACUUAAAGAAGGAUGCUCAUGUACCCAACUUUGAGAAGUACAAAGAACUCUACCUGAAAUCUAUUGAACAUCCAGAUGAGUUCUGGGGUGACAUUGCAAAAGACUUCUACUGGAAGUCGAAGCACACGGGCCAGUUCAUGGACUACAACUUUGACGUGACAAAGGGGGAGAUCUACAUCAAGUGCAUGGAGGGGGCCACCACCAAUAUCUGCUACAACGUCCUGGACUGUAACGUUCAUGAGAGGGGGCUAGGGGACAAAGUGGCAUUCUACUGGGAAGGGAACGAGCCUGGUGACGAGGUGACGGUGACAUACAGAGAGCUCCUCCAGCAGGUUUGCCAGUUUGCCAAUGUGCUCAAGUCCCAGGGGGUGAAGAAGGGUGACCGCGUGUCCAUCUACAUGCCAAUGGUGGUGGAGCUGGUGGUGGCCAUGCUGGCUUGUGUGCGCAUCGGGGCUGUGCACUCAAUCGUGUUUGCAGGCUUUUCGGCAGAGUCGCUGUGCGAGAGGAUCCUGGACUCCCAGUGCUCGUUGCUGAUCACGGCCGAUGGCUUCUACAGAGGAGAUAAGCUAAUCAACCUGAAGGUGAUCGCUGACGACGCACUACAGAAAUGCAGGGACAAGAGUUUCCCAGUACAGAGGUGUAUCAUGCUUAAACACCUGUCCAAGGAGGUGGAGGCCAGUCCCCUCCGCUCUCAGUCUCCCCCUGCCAAGCGGCCCUGUCCUGACCUGCAGCAGGAGAAACAGAAAGACAGAGUAAAGAAAAUCCGUCCCGUCCCUCAGGUGCCGUGGAACCCUGAGGUGGAUCAGUGCUGGCUCAGCCUGCUGAGUGGUGUGUCUGAGGAAUGUGAACCAGAGUGGUGUGACUCUGAAGAUCCCCUCUUCAUCCUCUACACCAGCGGCUCCACUGGGAAACCCAAGGGUGUGCUGCACACGAUCGGUGGCUAUAUGCUCUACGUGGCCACCACCUUCAAACUGGUGUUUGACUACCAUCCUGAGGAUGUGUACUGGUGCACGGCCGACAUCGGCUGGAUCACGGGCCACUCCUACAUCACCUACGGGCCCCUGGCUAACGGGGCCACCAGUGUCCUGUUCGAGGGUCUGCCCACCUAUCCGGACGUCAGCCGCAUGUGGGAGAUAGUCGACAAGUACCAAGUCACCAAGUUCUACACGGCGCCCACAGCCAUCCGCCUCCUCAUGAAGUAUGGGAGCGAGCCCGUCCAGAAGUACAAGCGGGAUUCUCUGAAGGUGCUGGGGACGGUGGGGGAGCCCAUCAACCCGGAGGCGUGGCAGUGGUACUACAGCGUGGUGGGGGAGAAGAGGUGCCCCGUGGUCGACACCUUCUGGCAGACUGAGACCGGUGGCCACGUGUUGACUCCUCUACCUGCUGCCACGCCCAUGAAGCCUGGCUCUGCUACGUUUCCUUUCUUUGGAGUUGUCCCUGCCAUUUUGAAUGAGUCUGGGGAGGAGCUUGAGGGACCAAGCGAGGGUUACCUGGUGUUCAAACAGCCCUGGCCAGGAGUCAUGAGGACUGUGUUUGGGAACCACCAGAGGUUUGAGACCACCUACUUCGAGCAAUUCCCAGGAUACUACGUCACUGGUGAUGGUUGCCGUAGAGAUAAGGAUGGGUAUUACUGGAUCACAGGGAGGAUAGAUGACAUGUUGAAUGUCUCAGGUCACCUGCUGAGCACGGCAGAAGUGGAGUCGGCCCUGGUGGAGCACGAGGCGGUGGUCGAGGCAGCGGUAGUUAGCAGGCCGCACCCUGUCAAAGGGGAGAGUCUCUACUGCUUCGUCACGCUUACCGACGGAGUCAGCUUCAGCCGCACCCUGGAGGCCCAGUUAAAGAAACAAGUGAGAGAGAAGAUUGGUGCCAUUGCCACUCCAGACUUUAUACAGAAUGCCCCAGGCCUUCCCAAGACCAGAUCAGGUAAGAUCAUGCGGCGUGUGCUACGUAAGAUUGCCCGUAACGAGCGAGACCUGGGCGACGUGUCCACGCUAGCCGACUCCUCUGUCAUCGAACUGCUCUUCCAGAACCACUGCUGUGGCGCAAUGUGAGCUCACAACUACAGAGGCCACAGUACCCUGACACUCUUACCGAGGCUGAACAGGGAGGACGAGGAGCAGGGAGGACGAGGAGCAGAAGGAGAUGUAUAAAUGUAACUGUAGAGCCUUCACUGUGGGACUCGAGCCAACACUUGGGUUAAAGAAACACAACAAAAUCCCUCUAGUUUGUCAGCAGUUCAGUUCUCCCCUCUUGAGUACACUUAAUGUACUAUUAGAUUCAAACGUUUUUUUUUCUUCAUUUUAACUAUGUACACUUGUUAUUUUUGUCCUUUUUAUUUCAUUGCCGUUUGACAAAGGAUUGCUAUGCAUGUUUGUCUGCACGCUUGAAAUGUUGUAAGUUUUUGAGAUGCAUUUUCCACUCCAGCUUUGUCUUCUAGAGGCAGAGGGGGCUUGUGUACUAGCAGAACUGCACUGAACACUCCUCUUUCCUCUGUUUAGACUGGAUUGAUUGUAUUAGAAAUAAAUCCAAGAUCCCCCUUUGAAGAAAUAGAUGAAGGAUAACUGAAGCCUUCAUAAACCCUUUUAUAUGGCCUAUGUCAUUCACCAGCAACUGUCAUGCUAUUUCAGAGGGUCUGACAGGUAAUGCCACACUUGGCAUAGAUUCAAGGACCCCCCCCCCCCCCUUGCCCUCAGAACAGCCUCAAUUCGUUGGGGCAUAAACUCUACAAGGUGUCGCAAGCGUUCCACAGCUUUCACCUGGUCAGUCUGUCAUGGAAAGAGCAGGUGUUUCUAAUGUUUUGUAACUCAGUGUAUAUGAUUUGUGAAUAACUGAUUUAGUCCUUGUAAAGGAUUUCAAGAAUUCAUAAGUUGUUUAAAGUGGGACCAAACAUAACAUGUAAGACCUGUUUAAAUUUAUUCUAGUAUUUUAAAUAGUUUAAGAAAUAUCAUUGUGUUCAUGUGCCAACAUUUAAAAAAGAAACAUUUUUAACAGUAAGCUAUUUGUUUUGAAAGCAUUUGUCUGUAUUAUGUCACAUGUUUUUCAGUUUUCUUUUUGUUGCCCCUUUGUAUCAAAGUGACAUGCAAUAACAGUAAAUGGACUGACUGAUCUGAUCUGGGGGUUUUUUGGGGGGGGAUAUUAACCUGGGUUCUGGGCACCACAUGGUAGAAAACAAACCAACAGGGGGAGACUACUUGGACUUUUCUAUUUUCUGUUAAACUUUUCAAAAUGUUUUCCAUUGCAUGUUCUAAUGAGUACAACUCUGUGCUGGGCAUGUUGGAGCGCUGUGAUCAUUCUACUCAUUCAGUUGCAUCUCAUCUCACACCUUUGCAGUUCUUCUUGACCUUUCCUACGUUUCCAGUAGAUGGUGCUAUUGUUAUACAAGACCUACAGUAUACUGUGUUCAGUUAUUAGCUAGAAUCCUUAGUUUCUACAUCUGUUUUUCAUCAUGAAUUAAUUAUGCAUAUAUCCACUGUUUCUUGAAAAAGAUAUCUAAAUGCUUCAUGGGCUUAGUGUAACUGGCAUACACCAUCAGAACCUUGUAAGCUUGUUUUACUCCAAUGUUUGUAAACAAACAAUAUAUGGGCUCAAAACAUGGUUAAAUUGUAAUAUCAAGGAUGGUCAGACAUUGCAGCCAUAGUGCUCUCUAUGAAUUUGAGUGGUUCCAUUUCUCCAGGCCCAUCCCUCAACUUUUACAGAAACAAAGGCUCUUGACUGCUUUGUUAUUGUUUCAAUUAAGAACUCUAGUUUUAAAGAACAGGAUCUUUGGGUAUAUGACAUAAAGAAGGAUCGAGUCCUGUAGUGGCCAAAAGGCCAUGUUAGCAUUGGCAACACUGUUGAAUACUUCCACCAUUUUAGUGUAGUCAUUGGGUGGGACUUCCAAUUUCAUUGGCUGGUGACCCUGUUGGGGCAUGUCCAACCGUGUCAUCAGGAGGGAUCAGCCAAACGUGAAGAAGAUAAUUGACUACCUCGAAAUGGAAAUAGCCUCUAUGGCACUGCCCGUGCUGUCACAAACGCUAUAAUGGCACAGAUACAAAGACGAGUCCGCUAUGUAGUAUCUGACUGAACAUGACAUGAGUCGAUGUAUCCUGAAUCAGAAUACUCUAGGUAGGAGACAGGAAUACCCCUGACACCAUACCUCCCUAAUCAGCCUUACUGCUUUAUGCUACGCUGACUGGGGACUUCUUCAUCUUGGAGAUAAUUGACAUUUGUCUGCAAUAAUUGGCAUUCUUUUUUCAAGAUCACUUGGAUACAUAAGAUGAGUAAACCAGUCCUUAAUCUUUCCCUGUUGUUUUGUGUCGCAUCCAUUUUUCUGGUCAUUUGACUGAAUCAUAAAAGAGUCUAAUAUUGUAAAGUGUGAAUGUAUUGAAGGAUAUGCUACUGCUGUAAAUUAAGUAAUUGUGUGUGUGCUGUCUGGCUUGCUUAUAUAAUUGAGAUGUAGCUGACCCGUUAUUGUUUUGUAUUGUUUGUUCAUGCUCUGUUUCAUCAACGGCCUAUUUAACUGGAAGCCACCAGCCAGUAUCCUGUAGAGUUGAAGAUGAAUAAAUAUAUUAAUGAUCCA